CGCUUAUCCAACAAUAGCCUCUUGGCGGGUUUUCGAGUUCUCUGUAGUGAUAUGAUAUCCUUGUGUUGACAGCGUCCAUUUAGUUACUAAACUAGAUAUGUCUGUACUGAGCGACACUUUGCAUGCUGCAAAUGGGAACGAAGAAACAGUAUCGAAAGUAGAUAUGUGUCCUCGCAGACUUUCAAGAGUUUCGCGCUUGCGGGAUAUGUUCCAAACUGGUGUUGUAAAGCCGAUCGACGAUACUGAAGAUGGAUUUGAUGUAGAAAGUUCAGUGUUUUCAGCAUACACCUGUCCUGAUUUUGAAAGGUUUUCGAGAGCCUUUCCGGGGUCCCCACCUAUGAAAACUCUGCGCAAUCAUCGAAUAAGUCUAAACAAAAAUGAAUCGACUCAACAUAAUAUUACGUCAUCCAGAUCAGCUGAUGGAGGUUUCUCUAUACCGGAAUCACUUUCUCCCCUUAAAUCUCCACCCACAAGACCUCCUAAGCCUCGUCAUAUAUCUUUGUCGAAACCUGCAGUUCUUGAAGAGGUGAAACUAAAACCGAUUUCUUCAAAAAUCGCUACCGAAAAUGCAUCUUGUAAUAGCGUCACAGAACCGGUGGACAUUUCCAACCAUUCGAUUACUAGCGUUGAUAAUAGCAUAGAUAAUCAACCAUCGACAGUCAAAGUUAAUGGAAGUUCGUUAAAUUCAACUACCAUUCGAAAUUCAACUCCUGUAACUAUUAUCAAAGCAAGACCGCAACAAACAUCCAAAGAUCCCGUUGAAUGUUUUUCUUAUGCUUCCAUAACUCCUUUAUAUUCAUCUAACAAGAUUGAGAAGGCGACUGAAAAUGAUGUAAAUAAUGCUAUUAAUAAUGAUGCUCAUCACCAAUCCUACAAAACAGUCAUUCAACCCUCCGAAGAUUCAAAUUCACAAUCAACUCAUUCCAUAUGCAAUUCUUCUGCUGAUCAUCAAUGUACAAUAUCAAAUUCUUCGGAUGUCCAGGAUUUUGUUAUUCAACCUGAAGCAUUUCACAAGUCUCCAUUUCCUGAAAUUGUAUGUAAAGAUAACAUUGAUAAUCUUCCUUUACUACAACAUGCUGAACCUGUUGCAGUUAAUGCUGAAGAUGAUGAUGAUGGUUUAGAUGAAAAUAUUGACAAUACUGAAAACUCUUUUGAAAUUGUUAUUAGUUCAUCUCAGUGUAAUACAUCAUUUAAUCCACUGAUCACUUUACCUGUUCCAAAAGGAUUAAAUGUUGUGGCUGUUGAUGACGAUGGAGUUCAUAUUUUUGAAGAUGGUAACUUUCUGUACGCUCUUCCUGGCUUAACUGAUAAGUAUUCGGAUGAUUCAGAUUUUUAUGACUCACGUGAGGAUGUUACCAAUAUUUCCGACUUAAUAUCUCCUUCAUAUACCACUGAACAAGUAAACGAUGAAGAAAAUGUUAAAACAAAUAUGGACAAAAUCCUUUCAGUAUCUUCAUCAUCUAAUUCACCAAAAUCAAUAACUACAAGGAAAUUAGUCAAUAAACGUUCAGGUAGCAGUGAUAGUCUAGUCAAACAACCGAGAGUUCGAUUUAGUUCUGAACCAAUCUUGGUGUUCAGUACUCAUUCCACUACAGAUUAUAAUCGUAGAAAUGAAGAAAUAGAUCCAUUGUCUGCUUCAGCAGAAUAUGAAUUAGAAAAACAUCUUGAAGAUAUGGAUAUGUUUGAAAUCGAUUUCCGUAAAGGUGUAAAUGGUCUCGGUAUUAGCAUAGUUGGUUCCGGUGUUGAUACUUCAUCUGGUGAACAGAAGUUAAGCAUCUUCAUUAAAUCAUUUACUCCUGGAGGUGCUGCAGAGGCUGAUGGUCGUAUUCAAGUAUACGAUCAAAUUGUUCAGGUGGAUGGUCAUAGUUUGGUUGGUGUCUCUCAACAAUUCGCAGCUCAAGUACUCCAAAAUACUGGGGAAAUCAUUCAUUUUGUUCUAGCCAGAGAAAAAGAUCCACCUAAUUCUCGCAUAGCAAAAAUAUUGACAGAAAAACAACAAGAGGAAGACGAAGAGAAUAAUAAGGAAGGAGAGGAAAAGGCGGUUGAGAAAGAGUCAAAGUUGAAUAAUAAUUCAUCUGAUAAAUGUCAAGAGGUUGUGUCUACUCAAACCGAUAAUCCUGUAAAUUUAUCAGGUGGUGAUUCUACCGAAGCUUUACAUAAUUUGAUUGCUGUAGCUACACGAUCAUUGAAAGAAGCUAAACAAUGGAACAAGGAUGAUGAUGAGGAAGAGGAGGACGAGGAUGUGAUAGCUGUUGAUGAAAGUAGUGUAGAUUAUGAUAUGGAAUAUCUUAGUGUUAAUAAUAAUGAUACAAACGAUUCAUCACCUGUAAACAGUCUUUUUCAACAGUUUAGAAAAUCUUCAAGUGGUAGUGAUAAUGUAAAAUCAUUAAAUGGUUAUUCCACUGGCUUAAAUUAUCAACAAUCUAGCCCUCGAUCAGCAUUAAAAGGUACAGCAACUGCAGCAUCGACUCGUCGACGUAAUGAAGCUAUCAUGGAGUAUAUUCGUCAAGCUGUACUUAUCCAAGAUAAUGUAUAUUUACCAACUGAUCUAAUUAAUAAAAGUGACUACACUAAUAAAAGUCAAAAUUCAGAUAUAACUACAGACUGUGUUAGUACAGUGUCUUGGGCACUAGCCAGUGAAUUGCAUGAUCAUAGAAUUCAACUACGAAAAUUCCAAUCACGUAUUCGAAAUCUAGAACAACGUUUGACUGCUCAAGAAGCUGCAGCGGAUGAAGCGAUAGAAAGACUUUGUCUACGUUGUCGUCAUUUGGAAUUAGAGCUUAAACAAUCACAACAAAAAUGUUCACAACUAAUCAUGUCACCAAAACAGCAGAAUAUCUCAAACUCUAAUAACUACUCUCCUGGAGCUAAUAACUUAUGUAAUCCAAUAUAUCAUUCAUCGCUGUUGAAUGCAUCAACGUACAAAGAUGAUGAUGGAGUGGUGGUGUCUAGGGAAAAUCCUGUUGAAUUUAGCUAACUUCCACAAAAAAAAACAAAUUGCAUGUGAUUUUAUGUUUGUUCGCUUGAGUUUCGUUUUGUUUUGUUCAUUCGUUAAUUAUCAAUUAUUGUUUAUUUGUCCUUUCGACAUUGAUAAUGUUUUUACUAAGAAAUACAAACACAUGCCUUUAACUGUGAGCAAACAAAUCCAAAAAAGGGGAAUACACAAGAUGCAUUGUUGACUAAAAGACUGUCAAAUUAUUUUUUACUGCUAAAAAAGACCCAUCAAUUUUUCGAUGUUUCUUUACUCCCACUCUUUGUUUAUCUUAGUUUUUGUCUAUGAAUUGUGUGUAAUUUUCUUUAUUAAGUUUAAUCCCACCAAGUUCACUAUAUAUAUAUAUAUAUAUAUAUAGUGUUGAUGAAAUGUGGAUGACUGACUGACUAUCCAUCGUUGUUAUGCUUAACGCUGAAUAACAUUUAAUUGAUUUUACUGUACAUAAAGCAUCUUUUUUCUUAAACAUAUACAAAUACUGCAUGCCCACAACUCUAUUUUUUUCUUGUAAGAAAAUCAAAGAAUCAAUUAUCGGUGCUUCUUUAGCCAUGUGAAUAUUGAUACUUACAAUGAGGCUAUUAUUUACCUUGAAAUAAAUUUAGUACGAUCAACAGGUCUCUCAAUCUGUAUUUCCCUUACACAAAUACCUGAAAAAUACAGUUCAUAUACAUUCGUAGGUAGAGUUCAUUAAUUAACAUUAAUUGUUUUGAUUACUGUUUUAUUAAACUUGUCUACUUUCUGAUUUUACUGUAGACAAUUACAUCUAGAUUUAGUGACUAAUUUAUAAUUCAUACCCAAUUAUGUCUAUUUUUCUUUUAAAAAAUCUCUUUUUUCCCCCCAUUUUUGUUUUGUCAAGUAUGUGAUGUAUGACUGUCCAUUUUUAAAUUCAUUCUAUGUUUUUGUUCUCCGGCUUGUUAAUUCCAAUCAUUAUAGUUAUCAUUACAAUUAUUAUUACUACCUUUAUUGUUAUGAAUAUUAGUAUUAUUACUAUUAGUAGUAUUGUUAAUCAUCAAUGUGCCUUUUAAACCUGUAAACAAUUAUAUGAAUAAAUACUUGUUCCAAUUGUUAGUUUCACUGUUUCUUUUUCAAAUAUAAACUGGAUGAAUAAUUAGUUCGAUAAAUAAAAAGACAAUAAAAUCCCGAUCGCUUUUUAAUACUUUACAAAACAACACUUCAAUCCGCUAAUCAAUUCAUCAGUUUGUUACAAAGAUACGAAUUCGUUUUUUAAACAAAAAUAAUUUGAAUAUCCAGCUGUGUAUCAAUUUCUGCUCGUAGAACGGUGAAUCAGUAGUUAAGGGAUUUGGCUUUCAACUAUUAAAUUGCAGAUUUGAACCUCUCUUCUCUUACUUUGGCUUAGUUAACCGGGUAGUUUAUCAUUAGCCGUCAUCUAGAGUUUCUGUACCUGUCUAAUAAGUGAAAUAAAUUAAUCAAAAGAGCUAUUGAAUUUGCCGGUUGUAGAACUUUAAAUAUUAUCAACUUUGGCAGGAAAUUACUAAGCUGAACAGUUAUUUAAAGCGAUUGGUUUGUGUUGGCAUUAUCACUAAAUUGGCUUGUAUCGAGCUGUUUACUGUGUUGAACACAUCCCAAUGUUGCUAAAGUUGUUAACAGUACCUGCAUAGAUCAAUCAUUCUGAAUAAGUUAAAUUCUGUUCUAAUUUAGAUUAUUUCAGUGCAUGAUUACUGUAUAGCUCUACAGUUGAAUGUGCACAAAAUAGUGCGUUGUUGUUUUUUGUUCUUUAUUCUUCAAGUACAAAUACUUCAUGGUUUUAGAUAACCAUGACAUCUUAGUUGAAAUAGCCGAUACAAUUAAUUGAUGAUAUGGUCACGAUUUGUUGUUAGUUACCAACUUAUUAUAUCAUAAAUUUAAUUGUUAACGCACUGUGAAUUAUACCAAUAAUAAAUGUUAAUUCAAGUUAAGAGUCUCUCAGAUAAUCUUCGAUUUUACUUGUCGUUUUUAUGUUUAGUGCUGAACGGCAAUCGAUUCACACAUCGAAACAGGGUUUUUUUCGGGUUGAUCUGAUCACAUCUAUUAGAUAACUUCCGAAUAUUUAUCUCACAUGAGGUUACAGAGCGGUGAAUUUACUGCUAAUUUAUCUCCGUAUGAUUAUAUGAACUAACUUAAAUCAUUUAGUUCGGUAAAUACUAAGUAUAGACAUUUUAUGGGACUGAUUAUCAAUACUUUGGACAAUUAUUUGAUUAGUUAUUUGAAUUCAUGUGUAAGCCAUCUCAAAUGAAACAGGGAUUUUCUUGGUAAUCCGUUCAACUUUUGGGUCACAACUUUAUCACAUCAAUAAUGGGUUUGGAUGGUGGGUAGUAUCAGUAUUUAUUAUAAACGACCACACAAAUUUUUACGUUGGUUACUGAAUUUCACUAAUAUUAUUAUUCAGAAUUCACAAUUUUCAGACUUAUGUCGUCAUGUCAGCGUUAACAAAUUCGAUCAACCAAGUUACAUUUUAGUUAUACUCCAAGUGUUAGAAUAGUUAAGAAUAAUGCUCGAAUUCUAUGGUGUGAAAAAAAAAAUCACUUUCACACAAUCGAACUGUACUCAGUAUGUGAUUUUAACCAUUAAAUAUAACUGGGGAAUAUCCCUAUUCACACUAUUUUCAUGAAUACAAAUAACCUAAGUAGCAUUUCCACAAUAUUUAUAUCUCACCAUCAAAUUAUCCUUGAAUAAUGGGUACUUCUAACUGUAAAAUUGAUAUAUUAGUAAUGUUUAUAUUAUAAAACCAACUUAUUUAUUUAGAAUAGAGAUCGAUGAUGAAUUUUGUAUGAUCUAGGAUAAUAACUUUACAUAAUACAUUUUAGCAAAAUCUUGUUAAAGGCAGAAUUACGUCUAAACUUAGUUUAAAUAUGUAAAGAGUAACAUAAUGCUAAUUUAUGUCUCUAGUUAAAUAACUGAUGAGUUCAAUGAUGUGUCCCCCAUAACAUAAUAGAAUUUCUUCAUUCAAAAGUCUAUAUAGACCUUUAAUUCAAAAAAAGAAUUUGACUUUAGGAUAUAGUAACAGUGUUUCAAAUGCUAUUCUACCUAUUGUUCACAUCAUAUUUCUCAUCUCUAGAUUAUUUCACUUACUUGAACCAAUCAAUCAUGCUACAGUAUUACUAUUACUUCGAAACAAUUCUAUAAUUGUUCCUUCUUUUUUUUUAUAGUUUGUUUCUUUCGCCUUGCUAAUUUAUUUUUAC